CUGCUCUAUUUAAGCUAGGCCGCCGGCCCUCGGUUCGCGAGUCUUCUGCAGAGCAUCAUCCAUCCCAUCCCCAGGUCAUAAACCCAAGUCGGACUCGCCUUCCUCCUCCCCAACUACUCCUCUCCUCUCCUCCGCGCAUCGCACCGGGGUCACCUGAGAUCACACACACAAUGGUGAAGGCUGUGGCUGUGCUUACCGGCAGUGAGGGUGUCAAGGGCACCAUCUUCUUCACCCAGGAGGGAGAGGGCCCGACCACCGUGACGGGAAGUGUCACCGGACUCAAGGAAGGGCUCCACGGCUUCCAUGUGCACGCUCUUGGCGACACCACCAAUGGCUGCAUGUCAACUGGACCACACUUCAACCCCGCUGGUCAUGUGCAUGGGGCACCCGAAGAUGAAAUCCGCCAUGCUGGUGAUCUUGGAAAUGUGACAGCUGGAGUGGAUGGUGUUGCUAGCAUCAAUAUUACUGACUGCCAUAUCCCCCUUACUGGACCAAAUUCAAUUGUUGGCCGUGCUGUUGUCGUCCAUGGUGACGCUGAUGAUCUUGGCAAGGGUGGACAUGAGCUGAGCAAGAGCACUGGAAACGCUGGUGCACGUGUUGCUUGCGGAAUCAUCGGGCUCCAGGGCUAAGAUGUCAUCUUCGCCGACCAACGUCGUACAGAUAUGGGAACCUUUUCAGAAUGCAGAUUUGCAAUCUCUAUUCUAAAUAAGCACAUGAUCUUUGAUCACUUGUUAGUGUGCACCAGUCGUGUCAAUUCCUAUGUGUUACUCUGAACUUUAUCGCUGUCAUUUGGCUAUCGAGAUGUGUGACUGGAACAGUUCUGUCAAGUGCUUGUGGAUCUGUUGUUCGCUACUAGCUCUGGACGUGUUUACAGAAAACGAGAGAGGUUUCAGAUUUCAUCAUA